GGCGGGCUGGCGAGGGGGUGGCGGGGAGGGCGCGGGGGGCGCGGAGCACGGGUCUGCGGCGCUGCAGCCUCCCGAGGGCCAGCCUCGCCGAGCCCGGGGCUGGGUCUGAGCGGUGGCGAGGCGGCAGCCCCGCGCACACCAAAGAGGAGGCGGCUGUGGCGGCAGCGGCGGCCCCAGCCAUGCUGUGCUAUGUGACGAGGCCGGACGCGGUGCUGAUGGAGGUGGAGGUGGAGGCGAAAGCCAACGGCGAGGACUGCCUCAACCAGGUGUGCAGGCGGUUGGGAAUUAUAGAAGUUGAUUAUUUUGGACUGCAGUUUACGGGUAGCAAAGGUGAAAGUUUAUGGCUAAAUCUGAGAAAUCGGAUCUCCCAGCAGAUGGAUGGGCUAGCCCCUUACCGGCUCAAACUGAGAGUCAAGUUCUUCGUGGAACCUCAUCUCAUCUUACAGGAGCAGACUAGGCAUAUCUUUUUCUUGCAUAUCAAGGAGACCCUCCUGGCCGGCCACCUCCAGUGUUCCCCGGAGCAGGCAGUGGAACUCAGCGCCCUCCUGGCCCAAACCAAGUUCGGAGACUAUAAUCAGAACACUGCCAAGUACAGCUACGAGGAGCUCUGUGCAAAGGAACUCUCCAGUGCCACCUUGAACAGCAUUGUGUCAAAGCAUAAGGAGCUGGAGGGGACCAGCCAGGCUUCUGCCGAAUACCAGGUGUUGCAAAUCGUGUCCACGAUGGAAAACUAUGGCAUAGAGUGGCAUUCCGUGAGGGACAGUGAAGGGCAGAAACUCCUCAUCGGGGUUGGACCUGAAGGAAUCUCCAUUUGCAAAGACGACUUUUGCCCAAUUAAUAGGAUUGCUUACCCGGUGGUCCAGAUGGCCACCCAGUCGGGGAAGAACGUGUACUUGACCGUCACCAAGGAGUCCGGAAACAGCGUCGUGCUCUUGUUCAAGAUGAUCAGCACCAGGGCCGCCAGCGGGCUCUACCGAGCGAUAACGGAGACGCACGCUUUCUACAGGUGCGACACGGUGACCAGCGCCGUCAUGAUGCAGUACAGCCGAGACCUGAAGGGCCACUUGGCGUCUCUGUUUCUGAAUGAGAAUAUCAACCUCGGCAAGAAGUACGUCUUCGAUAUCAAAAGAACGUCUAAGGAGGUGUACGACCACGCCAGGAGAGCCCUGUACAACGCCGGCAUCGUGGACCUCGUUUCGAGAAGCGACCCCAGCCCUCCGAACUCCCCGCUCAAGUCCUCGGACAGCGGCCUGAACUGCACCAGCUGUGAGGGCCUCAGCUGCCAGCAGACCAGGGCGCUCCAGGAGAAGCUGCGGAAGCUGAAGGAGGCCAUGCUGUGCAUGGUGUGCUGCGAGGAGGAGAUCAACUCCGCCUUCUGCCCCUGCGGCCACACUGUGUGCUGUGAGGGCUGCGCCGCCCAGCUGCAGUCCUGUCCGGUCUGCAGGUCGCGGGUGGAACACGUGCAACACGUCUACCUACCGACCCACACCAGUCUCCUCAACCUCACCGUGAUCUGACGUGUCGUGCACUUAACUGGACAAGCCACGUUUCUGUGAACUGCACUAUUACUUAAACUAAAAAACGAUCGUGGAGAAAAUAAGUACUCUGACACCCAUCUGCCAUGCGGUGUUUAAAAAAGAAAAAAAAAAAAAGGAAGACUCAAAAGAAUAUUCCUCCCCAUCAAAACAAACCGUGCGUAGAAUCCGCACCUGCAGUGGUGGGGACCAGGAAGGGUUCUGGGACACAGACAUGUUCCUUGGGCUCAUUCUUCUUAUGAUCAAGUAAAGGAAUAAGUCAAAUCUUUGAUGUCAGUUAAGUGGCAGCAUAGCCAAAAAGUUGGGUACCCUUUAGGAAAGGAUAUUGUUAAGUCUCCUUAAUGUAUCCCAAGGUAAGUUUCCUACUCGCAGCAAAUUUUGUAAGAAUUCGUUUUAAGAAUUUACUUGGUUCUUUUUGUACGGUCAUGGAGCUCUGAACAUUUUAAUAGGAAAUUUUUCUUAAGGAAACCGUCAUUUUAAUGUCAUUUCUGUUUUUAUAACUUGGUCGAGAAUGAUUGGAAGGCAAACAGGCGCAAAGAUCAAUUCUGCAACUUGUAAGAGGUUGAUCACCAGGUUGCCCGAUGUAAACCGGUCUGGCUGGUAGAAAACCCGUCACUCAGUGUGCACGGCUUCCUCUUCCCUCCCCGUCUCCUCACCCCCACGUCUUGCGAUUUAUAAGACGCUACCGGUCUGGUAAGAAGAUUUCUGUGGAGCAGUCCUCACUCCUUGGGCUCUUGAGUUGGUGGAGUAGAUUAUUUAAGUUGAAGAGGGAACCCACGUUCCUCGGAAAGCCAAGUGUUGCUCGCGGAGAUGAAGCUUCCCGGUGUACAAACUGGGGGGUUCUCCACUUCUCCCCAAAACUCCAGCUUCAUCCGGUGGGGUCGCUUUUGCUUGAGCCAUCGAGCCUUUACAGCCUUAUCAUAGGUAUCUUAGAGAUUGUAUGCUUUUUGUUUCUGUUUUUUUUUUUUUUUUUUUUUGUAAGUGCUUACGUAUUAACGUUCAGUUGUCCCCUCCCUACGUCUCAGAGGGGUUUGGAGCUUCUUCGUUUCUUUGUUCUGAAUCAAGUUAUCCACUCCCACUUGGGCAUUUUGGACGCUGGUCAGCUUGUGGGUUUUCUAGGACGUCGGGACACCUAGAUGACCUUAUUGGGUGCAAUACUAGCUAAGUUAAAGCUAGGAACCUACACUGUCACUUUACUGAGAUUUCCGAGUAUACUUUUCAUAUUGCCUUAAUGUAGCAGUAAUGUGUUUAUGCAUUUGUUUCUUUGCACAGACAUUUUGUCAAAUAUUAAAACUCUACUUUUUUAUGGCACAUAUUAGCAUAUAAGCCUUUAUUCCAAGAGGUAUUUAUUUUUUCACUUGUAAAAAAAAAUAAUGUUUCCACAUAAAGAACUCUGUUAUAUCCUCAAGGACUUCUGUCUUUUGUAUUCAGGAUAAUAAAGACUUUAAAGCAAACAUGGCUGUUGGAGUCAUCACAGUUUUUGUCAUUGAAGCCAGUUGUGUUCACUAAAAAAAAAAGCAUUGGUGACAUCACGCUUGGUAUCUAUUGUGGUCAUAUAUGGAAAACUUGAAAACGUUGGGGGUAUUGGCUCUAAUCGAGAACAUUCAUCCACUUAUUCACUCCUCUGCUUUCUGGUCUAGGGUUGAAAUGUAGGCGAAAACGGAAUAAUCUAUGUAAGCAGAUGCAAAGUAAAAAUUGGGGAUGGGACCAGAAGGUGUUGGAGGAGAGGAAUGGCAGAAGUGGAAGGUAACAAUUUAAUUUUUUAAUGUUUAUUUUGGAGAGAGAGCACGAGUGGGGGCAGAGAGCGAGGGAGACACAGAACCCGAAGCAGGCUCCAGGCUCCGAGCUCUCAGCACAGAGCCCGAGGCAGGGCUCAAACCCAAGAACUGUGAGAUUAUGACCUGAGCCAAAGUCAGACGAUUAACCGACUGAGCCACCCAGGCGCCCCUGGAAGGUAACGAUUUAGACCCAGAUGAUGCAGCUAGUUAGUUGCCUGGACAGAUGAGUACCUGUCGGGGUCUGAACAGUAACGGUCUCAGGGGACAGACUCUGGGAAUAUACUUUGUGGGAUGCCUCGCUGCUGCUGCUGGGAUCUGCUGUAAGUAUGCCCAGGUGUGCUCAUUUGUGCUGCUGGGUGUCGUCUAGAACGCGGCACGUUAUAUAUGUAACUGAUGAUUAGCUGUAGCAGUUGAAGGAUGUGAUUUCAACUGCAACAGAAGUUCAGUCUGGCACAAGUACGAUCAUUUCCAGAAAAGAACCUUUUAAAAAUUGAGAGAUGGGCAUGCAUUUUCUACGAUUCCUGUACCUGAUUCAGUCUUCCGUCGAUUUCUAGCAAUCCUUCGUUCACUGAGUACGUAAGUUAUUCUUGCAUGCUGGAAAUUUAACGAGGAUCAAGACGUGAUUCAUCUGUCACUACUUCACAUAGGUUAAAUACUCAAAAUCAUAAGACUAUGAGGAGGAGCUGUGGCAGGGUCAAGGCGCUGGAGUAGCUAGAAGGGGGCAUAAAACGUGGCAGUCAAUAGGAGGUCCAGGGUUCUGGGAAAGAGUGGGUCUAUUUUGAGAAGUGAGGAGAUGCUACAAGUUCCCAGACCAUAGUGAGCCGUGGACACGUGUGAGACAAGCAUGUGGACCUUAUAGGUGGAGGCCAACGCACGUUGGGUGGCGAGUGAAAUAACAGGAUGGUGCUGGAGGAGGAGGCUGGGUCAGAGAAGCAUUGUGGUCUUGUAUUUUCAGUGGGAGGGCAUGGGUAGGCAUAGAGGAGACGGCCAUGGAGAGGCUGAGUUAAACAAUAUGGCAGAAGGGCGUCGCUGUGGCUCAGUUGGUGGAGCGUCCACCUCUUGAUUUCGGUUCAGGUCACAAUCUCACAGUCGUGGGAUCGAGUCUCACGUUGGGCUCUGCACUGAGCGUGAAGCCUGCUUAAGAUUCUCUCUCUCUCUC